AUGCAAAACCCCAAAGAUCGCAGAUACACUUACCCAAAACUGCCUCCCGGCCAAAUCAGCAAAUCAACAGUGAUCAUUCUGAGCGGCGGCCUCAUCGGCUACACGCUUCUCGAACUCUUGUAUGGUUCGGAGAACUUCUAUAAGAAGGGCGUGAUGCCAUUGGUGCACAAAUUUGUCGAUGGCGAAGAUUCGCAUCGGUUGGCGGUCAAAGCGGCUUCAUGGGGUCUCCUGCCGCGAUGGGGCUGGAAUCGCGUCGAAUAUCCCGAGCUCAAGUGUACGCUGUUCGGACGCGAAUUCCGAAAUCCGUUGGGUCUCGCCGCGGGUUUCGACAAAGACGGUGAAGCGAUUGUGCCACUGGCGAAGACGUCGGGAUUCGGGCUCGUCGAAAUUGGCUCCGUCACGCCGAUCCCACAGCCAGGCAAUAAUCGGCCAAGAGUGUUUCGACUACUCGAAGACGAGGGCGUUAUUAAUCGAUAUGGAUUCAAUAGUGAUGGUGUGGGAAAAGUGCACCAAAGGGUGAAAGCAGCGCGCGAUUAUUGGGAUCCGGCGACGUUCGCAUUUUUUGGUGUGAAUUUGGGAAAGAACAAGCUCACCGAUGACGCCAAAUUGGACUAUGAGAUUGGCGUCAACUAUUUCGCGCCGCACUGCGAUUAUCUGGUGUUGAACGUCUCGUCGCCGAACACGCCCGGAUUGCGGAGUAUGCAGAAGCGAAGCGAUUUGGAGAAGCUGCUCGCUUAUGUGAAAAAAUCUUUGGAUAUGCACGAGCUCGAGAAGCGACCGCAAGUGUUUCUGAAAAUCGCGCCCGAUCUCAUCGAGUCGGAGAUGAUGGACAUCGCACAAGUGGUGACGAACAAGAAAUAUGGAAUCGAUGGGCUGAUUGUGUCGAACACGACCGUGUCGAGACCCGAAACGCUCAAAUCGGAGAAUAAGGAGCAAACUGGUGGUCUUAGCGGCGCUCCAGUGCGGACCAUUAGUACCGAAUGCGUCCGUAAAAUGUAUGCGUUGACGAAAGGGCAAAUUCCGAUUAUUGGAUGCGGGGGUGUGUUCAGCGGCGAAGACGCCUAUGAGAAGAUUCGCGCUGGCGCAAGUCUCGUCCAAUUGUAUUCGGCAUUUGUCUAUGAGGGAUUCCCGGUAAUUGGAAAGAUCAAGCGCGAAUUGGUUGAAUGUCUACGACGCGACGGAUUCUCGAACGUCUCGGAGGCGAUCGGAGCCGAUCAUCGACAAUAA